AUGAGCUUCAGAACAUGGAAAUACUGCAAGUGCAAUCGGGCUGUGGGAAGCGCCAAAAACUUCAUUGCACAAACCCUUGGUCCAUCUAUGACGACCGUAGUAGGCAUCAUCACUGCUGUGGUCAUAUCGAACUAUGACCCAGAUCAUGGAAAAGAAAAAGUGGAGGUGUCACAGGGACUGCUUGAGUUGGUGGUUGGAAUAAAAGAUGUAUUCUUGAAUAUCCAGGUCCUUCGAUGCAUCGAGCAGCCCUCUCCGACAGUUUUCACCAUAUCGUGGGUUAUAUUUGCCUUCACAUCCUCAAUACUACACCACGCGUACCAAAACGUCCAAUACCGAGACCACAUCCUGCUGGCAGUAUGUGGAGGAGGGAUGGCUUGGCUCCUGACGCUCUAUAACAAGAACACCUUAGAGAUCUUGGGCUUGUAUCUGCCCUAUCUUAUCCAAGCGGCUUUUUUAAUCGCGAUGAUCGUCGACAUGUGGCAGGCACUGCUGAGGGAUAAAGGAGAAAUUCACGAAGCUGUGGAGGAUAUGGAGAAGAACGGAGUGGAAUGCGAGCGAGGUGAGGUGAGGUGA